AUGGAGCCAAGCCUGGCCUUACUGCUCACCAGCUUGCUCGGUUGGUGCUCGUGCUCGAGUUUCCCAAGUAACAUUAAUAUAGGCGGUUUGUUCCCGACCGACUCGCACGAAUAUGAGGUGUUCCGAUUCGCGUUAUCUCAGCAGCACGAGCUCCCCAAACUGGUGCCACAAGUGGACAUGGUGGAUGUGGGCAGCAGUUUCGCCAUGACGUACGCAUUUUGUUCCCAGUUCUCUAAAGGAGUCUACGCCAUCAUCGGUCUGUAUGACAAGAAGACCAUGAACAUGUUGAUGUCAUUCUGUGGAGCUCUGCAUGUCUGCUUCGUCACGCCCAGCUUCCCAAUCGACACCAAUAAUCAGUUUGUCAUCCAGCUCAGGCCCCAGCUCCAGGAUGCUCUGAUCGGCCUUGUGGAACACUACAAGUGGACCAAAUUUGUCUACAUGUAUAGCUCAGAUUCAGGACUUACUGUGCUACAGAAGAUCCUGGACACAGCAGCAGAAAAGAGCUGGCAGGUGACAUCCAUCAACUUUGAUACUCUUACAGAGGCAGCCUUCCUGAACUCCAUCCAGGACCUGGACAGCAAAAAAGAGCACAAGAUCAUUCUGGACUGCGAGCUGGAGAGACUUAAUUCCAUUCUUAACCUGAUUGCGGCGCAAAAAAAGAAUCUGAAGAACUAUCACUUUAUCCUGGCAAACCUGGGCUUUCUGGACCUGAAUUUGACAGACUUCAGGAAAGGUGGUGCCAACAUCACAGGCUUCCAGCUAAUGAACUACACAGACCCCAUGGUUAGCAGGACUAUAGAUGACUGGCUGGUGUUUGACAGCAAAGACCUGAAGAGCCCUAAAAGGAGACUCAAGUACACAGGAGCGCUCACCUAUGAUGGUGUGAGUGUCAUGGCCACUGCUUUCCAAAACCUCAGGAAGCAGCGUAUUGAUAUUUCCCGGCGGGGGAACGCAGGUGAAUGUCUGGCCAACCCCCCAGCACCAUGGGGCCAAGGCAUCGACAUCCAGAGAGCCCUCCAACAGGUGCAGUUUGAAGGUCUAACAGGCCACGUCCAGUUCAACGAGAAAGGACAUCGAACAAACUUUACAGUCAAUGUAAUAGAGCUUGUCCCGAGUGGACCCAAGAAGGUGGGCUACUGGAACGAAAAUGAGAAGUACGUGAGCACGGCGACUUAUACCCACACACUCAAUGAGACAUUGGACGUGCACAACAGGACGUACAUAGUCACCACAAUUCUUGAAUCUCCGUACGUGAUGCUGAAGAAAAAUCACGAGCAGCUGGUAGGGAACGAUAAGUAUGAGGGAUACUGCGUGGAGUUGGCCGCCGAGAUCGCCAAGCAUGUGGGCUACUCUUACAAGCUGGAACUCGUACCAGAUGGCAAGUACGGAGCCCGAGACCCUGAUACCAAAAUGUGGAACGGGAUGGUUGGAGAGCUGGUGUAUGGGAAAGCUGAUGUAGCUGUGGCUCCUCUCACCAUCACCCUAGUCCGAGAGGAGGUCAUCGACUUCUCCAAGCCCUUCAUGAGCUUGGGGAUCUCUAUCAUGAUCAAGAAGCCGACCAAAUCCAAGCCAGGCGUCUUCUCCUUCCUGGACCCGCUGGCCUAUGAGAUCUGGAUGUGUAUCGUCUUUGCCUACAUCGGUGUCAGCGUGGUGUUGUUCCUGGUGAGCCGCUUCAGCCCGUACGAGUGGCACAGCGACGACUCGGAGGACGGCGGCGAUCAGCAGAGCCAGAACCGGACGCCGUCUCCAGAAGCCGGACAGUCGCAAUCGCAGGGUCAGCAUGGCCAGAGCCCCAGCCAGCAAGACAAGCAGGAGAAACCACCUGAGCACACCAACGAGUUCGGCAUCUUUAACAGCCUGUGGUUCUCUCUGGGUGCCUUCAUGCAGCAGGGCUGCGAUAUUUCACCCAGAUCACUGUCUGGUCGUAUAGUUGGAGGCGUGUGGUGGUUCUUCACCCUCAUCAUCAUCUCCUCCUACACGGCCAACCUGGCGGCUUUUCUGACUGUGGAGAGGAUGGUGUCGCCCAUAGAGAGCGCAGAAGACCUAGCCAAGCAGACGGAGAUCGCUUACGGCACCUUGGAUGGAGGAUCAACCAAAGAGUUCUUCAGGAGAUCAAAGAUAGCUGUGUUUGAGAAGAUGUGGUCCUACAUGAAGGCUGCAGAUCCUUCAGUGUUCGUAAAGACCACCGAUGAGGGCGUUGUGAGAGUGCGGAAAUCCAAAGGGAAAUACGCAUAUCUGCUGGAGUCCACCAUGAACGAAUACAUCGAACAGCGCAAACCUUGUGAUACCAUGAAGGUUGGUGGAAACCUGGACUCCAAGGGGUAUGGGGUCGCCACUCCUAAAGGUUCUGACUUAAGAAACCGAGUAAACCUGGCAGUGUUAAAACUGAACGAGCAGGGCCUGUUGGACAAAUUGAAAAACAAAUGGUGGUACGACAAGGGCGAGUGCGGCAGCGGGGGAGGUGAUUCCAAGGAUAAAACCAGCGCCCUGAGCCUCAGUAAUGUGGCCGGGGUUUUCUACAUCCUGAUUGGAGGAUUGGGGCUGGCCAUGCUGGUGGCUUUGGUCGAGUUCUGUUACAAGUCCAGGAUCCAGUCUCGGAGAAUGAAGCAAAUCAUCGACGCAGCAAUGUUGGGCUCCAGCCUGAGCCGCAUGGGCAGCGGAGGAGAGAACGGCCGCGUUGUGGCUCACGAUUUUCCCAAAGCGGCACAGACUCUCCCCUGCAUGGGCCAAGCAGCGGGCAUGGGAAUCAACACCAGCGGCAUGUAG